AUGGUGAUAGGAUACUCAGGGAAACUGUUACUUUCUGGUAACUGUGCAAUGGAGGAUGACAGUUGCUCAGGUUUGUUUGAGCUACUUCGGAGAGUUCGAGAGACAGUCUCGCGACGAAUCGGUUGUGCAAGUAUCCAAGACAGUCAAACAGAGAAAUCAAUGAAGAUCUCCGUAGUUUUUGCCUUUGCCUUCGUGGCUAUGUGUGUUCUUGAAUGCUGUGUUUCAGAUCAAUGGGAAAAGCAGAAUACCUCACCAGUGUGCUUUGGCGCAAAGGACGGUCAGUUUGGCAGAUUCUAUGUUAAAAGUGGUUAUAGAAAGCUGGCUGCUGUGAGGUUGGUUCAUCUCUACGGAUACGUUUCCUGUGACACACGACAUGUCUCUUAUUGGUCUUACUGGGGCUGUGGCUUGUACCGCUGGGGACUGGGCAAGAUUAAUGUUGUCAUAACAACGUCGGGCAAUCACGUUCUUUUGCCACCGCGCCAGUUCAUCGUAAAUGAUGGUGCUAAAUGGUCCCAGGUUCCUGGAUAUAACUCACUCUCCCCAGAGUUAGUGCUAUCGUUUUUCAGCCCCUCCCGCGUCAACCGCCACCAAGAGUUACGAGUGUGGUAUGGCGAGGAUCUGAUGAAUACCAGCGAGGGAGACAAUGGUGGCACCGCUUGCGUUGAUGUAUAUGCAAUUUUCGUCUGAACUUUCACUGAGCAGCAGAUAGUCGUAAUAAAACUUUUUAUGGCUUUUUAAGUGAUGGAAUCAUAAACUAGAAAAGUGCUUACUUUGAUAUUAAGUUUAUCUCUGUACUGCUUUUGGGACCAGUCCUUAUUUACCGCCGAGGGGAAGGGUAGGGGAG